AUCAAUGUUUCCUAAAGCAACAAAACUCUUUCCUUCCCAUUUCCAAUAAGUUACAGUUUCUAGAAGAAGAGGAAGACUUUUGGCCGCCACAGUUAUCUCGUCUCAACCAUGAACAUGCAUCAAGUUACAGAGUAUGCUGAAACCGAUCCCACUGGACGCUAUGGACGUUUUGCAGAAGUUCUUGGAAGGGGAGCGAUGAAGACAGUGUACAAAGCAAUCGACGAGAUGUUGGGAAUAGAAGUAGCGUGGAGCCAGGUGCAGCUAAAAGAGGUUCUCCGUUCUUCUGUUGAUAUACAGAGGCUAUACUCCGAGGUUCAUCUCCUCAGCACUCUAAACCACAAAUCCAUCAUUCGUUUCUACACUUCCUGGAUCGAUGUUCCUUCCCAUACUCUCAACUUCAUCACCGAGCUGUUCACUUCCGGGACCCUCCGACAGUACAAAAAUAAGUACGUGCGGAUAGAUAUCAGAGCAAUCAAGUCAUGGGCUCGGCAGAUCUUAGAAGGGCUUGUUUAUCUCCAUGGUCACGACCCUCCUGUUAUCCACAGAGACCUCAAGUGUGAUAAUAUCUUUGUUAAUGGACAUCUUGGACAAGUCAAAAUCGGCGAUCUCGGUCUUGCAAGAAUGCUGCGGGACUGCCACUCUGCCCAUAGUAUCCUCGGCACUCCUGAGUUCAUGGCUCCUGAAUUAUAUGAGGAGAACUAUAAUGAGCUCAUUGACGUUUAUUCAUUUGGUAUGUGCUUUUUGGAGAUGAUCACCUCUGAGUUCCCUUAUGGUGAGUGCAACAAUCCGGCGCAGAUAUACAAGAAAGUUGUUGCGGGAAAGUUACCAGGAGCCUUUUACAGAGUUGGCGACAUAGAUGCACAGAGGUUCAUCGGGAAAUGCCUCGUGCCUGCCUCAAAGAGAGUGUCAGCAAGAGAGCUAUUGCAAGAUCCAUUUCUAUCGCCUGACGAGUCCUGGAUGGUGUACGCGAGAGUUGCUGAGAAUCUGAAGCCCUUUUUAAACGAGAAUGAACUGAACAGACUGAAGUUGAAAGAUGAUGAGUUAGGAAAGAGCCAUAUGACCAUCACUGGAAAGCUGAACGCUGAAGAUAACACAAUCUUUCUCAACGUACUAAUCGCAGAUGAAAAUGGUAAAAGAAGCUUAGUUGGAUUAAGCUGAUCAUCUUGUUAUGGUUAGG